UCACACAUCACUAAAGGUCACAGACCUGCACGUUGAAGAGCUCAGAGAUUUAGGAAGUAAAAAGUCAAACCUGACAGACUUCACACAGCAGCGGUGUAGAAGUGCAUGGGAUGUCACAGGCGGCAGGCAGGUCUCACCACUGUCCUCCAACAUGAUCAACACUUACCAGACCAGCAUCGCUCCACCGCCAGUCCCUCCACGCCUCAACAAGACCCACCAGGUCCUCAUCCCUGCUCCGGAUCCUCCACAAAGGCACAGAAAGUCUCUCAUCUCGUUCUUCAUCGGAGUGGUGCUGCUGAAUUUACUCUUAUCUGUCGCAGGAUUCAUCUACCUAUUCAACAAAAUGAAAGAGCCUGCAGGAUCUGAAGCAAAAGCUGCUGCGCUCUCAUCAUACAGACCCAGCGCAAGUGCGCAGAUGGUGGUUGAGAAGCCAUCACGCUUGCCACAGAAAGCAACAUCUGACUACCUCCAGUGGGACAUCAAGCACUCACUUCGUAGGAACAUUAACCACGUUGACCGACGUUGGUUAACCAUUCUGCAACCUGGCGACUACUACGUCUCCUCUCAGGUGACCUUCUCCAGAGGUGACCCCGAGCACCCUUUGGCCAGCAUAGUCAAACUGAGGAAGCACGUGGAAGGAGAGGAGCAGGUGGUGAUGCAGGGCUACUGCAGCUUGGACACCCUCAGCAAGGCCCCGGCAGUCCCGCACAUGUGCACGGUCACGCAAGGAAAGGUGCUCACACUGGAGACGGGGGAUCAGCUCAGCGUCUGGGUACAUAAUCUUUUACAGGUGGACUACAGUGAAGGAGCCACCACAUUUGGAUUACAUAAACUGAAGGACUGAAAUUGACACACACAAAAAAGACACUGUGGAAGCGGAUGAACACGAUGGACCAAGUAAUGCAUCAGAGUAUCCCCCCCAACAUAAACUAUAAUUUAUUGAAUCAAAUUAAUUUUCUGUCAUUUCUGUGCUCAUGUCAAGAAUGUUUACACCAUUUAUAUUUAUUAGAAUCAAAUGAAAAGUUUCUUCUUCAUUUGUGCUCCAUCCUUUGGAUUUUUUUAAAAGUUGUAAAGCCAAACAUGCGCAAAACUGCAGUUAGGCUGUACUUUUCAAAUUAAAAGGGUUUAAUGUGUUAUAUAUAUAUAUAUAUAUAUAUCCAUCCAUCCAUCCUACAUUUGAUAUAUCCUACAUUUUACACCUUCUUACAUUUCAGCCCCCCCCCAAAAAUUGCUCAAUUUAGACUUUUGCAACAUAUGUCACAGAUAUCGUCAUGUGGCUCUAAUGUGCUCUGUAAGACAGCCUGCUGGGUCAUCAUCUGUGGAGGACAUGCAGAUGAAACCAGGACACAAGAAUCUUAACUUCCAACAUGCGUCGAGCUGAUUUAUUUGUAAAUCUAAAACAUCAAUGCCUAUAAUCCAGCAUCUGCAGGAAAUUAGGUACACAACAAACUGGUUGUUCACCACAAACACCUAGUUAGUAAUUUACUCAUUUCAUGAAAGUAUAAACUGAGCAUGGUUGGUGAGUAAUAAAACACCCCCACCACCCACCCUGCAAGAAACUGAUGCAGCGUUGCACCUGAGAUGCUCCAAAACCAGGCGCUGCGUUUCACAUCUGAGCCUGGAGCCGAAUGAUGUGGAAAGUGUGAAUCUCUAAAAGACACAUGCUCAGAUGCAGAGGCGGCAGGAUGUCAUCUGCUCGACUCACUACUUCCACACUGUGAAGGCUGCUCACUCUGUCGCAAGUUCCAAUUCCAUGUCAAAUUCCUGAACCGCACUUGUUCUGACAGCAGCGUGGAAAAGCUGACAGGUGGAUUUUCCAGCACGAGUAGGGGAACAAGUAGCUUAACGCGCGGUUAUUCGAUGAUGAAAAUCAAGAUAAAUCACUUGUCAACAGGGACGCAUUUAUUAUAUUAAAUUUUUAAUAAAAGACUGACCAUACCAAACAGAAAAUACAGAAUGUCUACAAAAGAAAACAUUCCAAUACUCAACAAUAAUUGCAUAGAAAGUCUGCAAAAACAACAGCACACAGUGGUUUGGAAAUGUUCACAUGAACACAUGAAGUAAGUGCUCACUGAGGUUUUCCAAAGCUACAACACAGUAAUGAAAACAAUUUACAAGUACACAAUAAGUAAUCUCAGUGAGCGCGAGAUAACAUCUGUACACAUGACGAGUCUCCGUCAAGCUCAGUCUGGCUGCUAACCAAGCAUCCUAUGAAU